ACCCAGAAGGUACCACCAUUACGUUGUAGAAAUGAAUGGGUGCCCUAGCUGUUUAUGUUUAUUCAGACAUAUCCCUAAUGUUGUCAUGUUUUUUUUAAAAAAAUAAUCAUAGUAAAACAAAGCGAUGGAGUGUGACAUUUUAGACUCUUUAGAGCAGCUCGGUUAUGAUGGUCCUCUGCUGGAGGAGAAAGCGCUGCUCGGAGCCGCGGAGGGAGGCCUGUCCUCUCCGGAGUAUGUCCAGCUUUGCAGGUGGUUGGCAUCCAAACUGAAACCACUAUGUGACCUGGAGGAAAACAUUACCUCAGGACCAGAUGACAUGGACAGCCUUCAGGUUGAGGUGAGCGGUUUGCUGAAGGAGCUGCACUGUCCUUAUGAAGCAGAGGUUUCAGGGAUUCUCAAGGGCAGUGUACGAAACACAAAAGACCAUCUCAAAUUUGUCUUGUUUCUGAGCUCUGAGCUUCAGGCUGCCCGGAUUGUGAGGAGCAGGCAAGUCUCCAACAAACACCAAGACGGGAGUCCGGUUCAUCAGGAACUUUCAGCAAUCUGUGAAACACUGAAGCUCCCCGAGCCCCAAGGACAGGAAGCAGCAGAGGUUUUCUCUCUAGUACAAAACAAGGUUGAAAAAUUACUCCAAGAUCUUCCCAAGGCCUUCAUUGGAAACCCAGUGCUGAAGAAAUCUCUCAGCAGUGAGCAGUGGGAGAAGCUGCAUGACAUCAAUAAAGUUCUGUUGUCAGAGUACGAGUGUCGCCGCAGGAUGCUGAUCAAACGGCUGGAUGUCACCGUUCAGUCAUUUGGGUGGUCAGACAGAGCCAAGGGAAAAGUGGACAGUAUGGCGAGAGCCUACCAGCCUAAGAGACACUCUCUGAGACCACAGUCCACAGUGGACAUGGCUGAGCUGCUGGCUGCCAGAGAGGAUCUCUGCAAUGUUGUGAAGACCAGCAGCGGCUCCAGCAGGGAGAAGACCGUGUGUGCUGUCAACAAGAUCCUGAUGGGAAGAGUACCCGACCGAGGAGGGCGUCCAUCCGAGAUAGAACCCCCACCUCCUGAGAUGCCACCCUGGCAGAAAAGACAAGAUGGAGGAGGAGGGCGUGGCAGAGGUGGCGGAGGCUGGAGUCAAGGAGGACGUGGAGGUGGAGGAGGCUGGGGAGGAGGUAGUUGGGGCGGUGGGGGAGGAGGAGGAGGUAGUGGAAGCAGGAAAGGUGGAUGGAACCAAGGAGGACACAGUAGACAUGGAGAUUAUGGAGGACAUGGAGGAAAGAAAGGACGAUACCAAUAUUAGUGUUUUGUUUUUGUUCUCAAAGUGACAAAGAUGUAGUUUUGUACAUGUACAGCACUGAUUUUACAUCACCUCAGUUCAGUGGUGUUUUUAUCAGCAGAGGAAAAACGUACAGCAUGAGUGGAAAAUCAUCCUCUUUUACAUGAUUUUAUAAAGCCUUGUAUUAUUUUAUUUCACUUGUUAAAUCAGUGUUUCAGAUUUUGUUUCCAGGUUUCUCAUCAGUGUGUUUUUUUAAGGUUCAAGUAGCAAUCAUUUCAUUACAGGAAUUAAAGGAUUUAUGAUGUGCUCUGAUACCUCAGCUAUGUCUCAAAUUCAGCUGACAAGUAUGAUAAAUUGUGGUUUGUAAAUAUAAAACAAUCUAACUGUUGUAAAACUUUGCAAUACAUUUUAAGAAUUGCCUUUAAAUGGAAAAGUUUUAUUUAAUUUUAGACUGUGACAACACAGUAUUAUCAAUUCAGUAUGGAGAGUUAUCGUUUGUGGAAAAACGUGCAUAAGGUUUAUUCAUCAGGACAUGAUAUUACCUGAUCUUAGUUAGGUUUUGAAAGUAGAUAAAACAACUUUAAAUGAAGAAGACAUUACAUAUUACACCUUAUUUAAAAAGUAAGCCAAAAUGCAGAAGCAGUGUGUGGAAAACUAAGUACAACCAAUGAUUUAAAAGUUUGUAUCACUGUCUUUAGCAUCAGUAGGUUGUAGUAAUCAAGCAUGGUGUUAACAGACUCACAUCUUUAGUGUGGAUGAAGAGUUGCCCUCUUUUGAGAUUUGCAGGCAUUUCUUCAUGCACAGGUCCUGCUACAGGUCUGGAAUGAGUGGAAUAUUGUGACACCCUGAUUCUUAUUUUCUGCCUGCUGUAGAUUUGCUGCUGUGCUUGGGGAUUAUUAUUGUGUAUAUCUCCAUUUUGGUCUUGUUUACACAAAGGACAUUUUUUCAGAAGUCUUUUUUUUUGGUUUUUUUUUUUUCUUUCAAGUGCAACUUUGCAAACAUAAGUUGUGCUGCCAUGUUCUCUUAUGAGUUCAUAGCUGAUGUCUUUCCUCACACCUGCACUUGAUUAGCAGUGCCUGGAUGCUGCUUUACCUUUUUUAAAUCCUAUAGAAGCUUUUCACAUACAGCUUCAACACGGCCCUUUUUGUUGUAAUAAUCAAAAAUGUGUGACACGUAUUUUGGUAAUCUGUGGUUAACAUUUCAAUACUUCAUUGGGACCACAUGAUUUUUAUUAU